UUGUUACAAAAGUAGUAUUAAGUUAUAUUUGUAUUACUAUAUGCAUCCCUGAUUAUGAACAAUAGCUGUAGGUAUAUGGAAUAGCAUUUGUCUUGUUGUAGACAUCUGGCGCCACGGCUGUCUGCUCGUCGAAACAAUAGACAUCUGGCGCCGCACUGUCUGCUUGUCUAGGUAAACAAUUGCUGAGUCUGGCGCCGCGACUGUCUGCUUGCGUCUGGCGCCGUAUAGCCGUAUGUUCUGGUAAUUUCCAGACGCGAUAUUCUAGAAGGACACGUCGGCAUCAGCGAGAAGUGUGUGGCUAUAUAAGCCGUGGCAACGCCAACGUAAUCAAUCAGUGCUAAGAGUAAACUGUUAUAGUGUAGACGAGUUGUGAAAUAAAGAGUUGUUGAAUUAAAUUAAACAGUGUUGAUUUUAUUUGUCAAUCCAGAGAUACGAACCUAACAAAGUAAACUAGCAAGAGUAAAUUCGUAACAAUUGGUGUCAGAAGUGGGAUUGUCAAAUAAUCCAAAUUCAAGAUGGUUAAAUUCGGAGAAUUGAGAAUUCAGCAAUUAAAAAAGGAACUGGAGGAGCGUAAUUUGCCGAUAAGCGGGCAAAAGGCGGAUCUGCAGGCACGAUUACGUGAAGCAAUGGAAGCGGAUGGAAUUAAUGUCGACGAAUUCGAAUUUGAUGGGCCAGAAACUUCUACAAAGGUAGAAGAAAAAGUAGAAGAACAACGAACAUCAUCAAGUGUGGACAUGAACAUGCUGUUAGUGGCUAUUAAGCAAAUGGCAGAGAAUGCAGUGCAAACAGAAAAUCGUCUGGCACAGCAAAUAGCACAAAAUACAUCACAAAUAGCAGACAAUGCAGUGCAAACCGAAAAUCGUCUGGCACAGCAAAUAGCUGAAAAUACAUCACAGUUAGAGUCUCGCCUUACACAACAGAUUACAGAGAAUAAUACACAAGUGCAAGAGAAAUUUUCAAAAUUUGAAGACGAAUUAAGCACUUUAAAAAAUGACGAAGAAAAUUUAAAAUCAGAAGUUCUUCAAUUAAGUAAUCGUGUGCGAGAACUGCAACUGCAUGGCCCUGCACCAUCAACAAAUAUCCAAAGAUUGAAGGCACCCACAUUCGAUGGAAGUAUUCCAUUUCAAAUUUUCAAACUUCAGUUUGAAAAGACAGCAACGGCCAAUAACUGGAAUGCAGCGGACAAAGUGGCGUCCUUGUUUGUAUCAUUGAAAGGACCGGCAGCAGAAAUCCUUCAGACUAUUCCAGACUGUGAACGGGACAACUAUGAGGCAUUGAUGAGUGCGAUAGAAAGACGAUAUGGUAGUGAGCACCGGAAACAAAUAUACCAGAUCGAACUGCAAAAUAGGGGUCAGAAGAUGAACGAGUCAUUGCAAGAGUUCGCAACUGAAAUAGAACGACUGGCUCAUUUGGCAAAUGCAGAUGCACCUGUGGAUUACAUUGAGAGGGUAAAAAUUCAAUGUUUCAUAAAUGGAAUUCGUGAUGUGGACACCAAACGCGCCACAUAUGCAAUGCCAAAAAGAACGUUUGCUGAAACGGUUUCGCACGCCCUCACACAGGAAACAGCUUCCCUACUAAGUAAACCAGCACCCAAAGUACAAAGGGUUGAAAUGGAACAACCGGCGCUGAUGGAAGAAAUAUUGAAGACUCUGAAGACAAUUGCUGCACCGCGAGUAAAUACAACAGGCAGAUGUUUCAACUGUGGAAAAGCGGGUCACUUUGCCCGAAAUUGCAAUAUAAAAGUAAACCCAUCAAAACGGAAACAACCAACAGAUAACGAGGACGAAGCAUCCACAUCUCACAGGUCGUUAAACUAAAACGGAACAGUUCAAAGGGGCGUGAGCUGGUUCCCACAACUAUUUGCCCCGCCAUCUCGAUAUCACAAAUAGGUCGCCAUGACAACAAUCUUACUAUCAACGGCAUCGUAAAUGGACGACUGUCAACGCUUACUGGUGCCACACAUUCAAUUAUCCGACCGGAUGUGGUAAGAGGGACGGUUGAACCAUUAGUCGGUUGCAAGCUUCGAACGGCCACCGGGGAGGAAGCAGCUGUCGCGGGAAAAGUGUUUUGCGAAGUGAUGAUUGGUACCCUGGAAGUUAAUCACACCUUCAUCGUAGCAGAAAUCACGGAUGAAA